AUGUUUUUUGCUAGACAUCUAUGUUCUUCUUGCCUCUGGUACUAUCUAUCAGGAGACUCUUUGAAACUUUGUAAAGCCAUACGAAUAUUAUUCGCUUUAUACGACGGUUUUUCUUUAUUGGUAUACGUUUCUUUCUUUCUUUCUUUCAUUCAUCCAUUUUUCUUUCUUUCUUUUUUUCUUAAUUCGCUUUCUUUCAAUUUUCCUUAUCAACGCUCUUUUCAUCUUUCUUUCUUUCUUUGUUUCUUUUUCUUUUUUCUUUCUUUCUUAAUUCCAUUUAUUUUAAUUUUCUUUAUUUACACCCUUUUAUUUCUUUACUUCUUUCUUUCUUUUUAUUUCUUAACGUACUUUGAUUCUUUCUUUCUUUCUUUCUUAACUCCUCCUUUUUCAAUUUUCUUUAUUAACUUCGUUUUCUUUCAUUCUUUCUAUCUUGCUUUCUUUCUUUCUUUUUCUUUUUCUUUCUUUCUUUCUUUCUUUCUUAAUUCCAUUUAUUUCAAUUUUCUUUACCCACGCCCUUUUCUUUCUUUCUUUCUUUCUUUCUUUCUUUCUUUCUUUCUUUCUUUCUUUCUUUCUUUCUUUCUUUCUUUCUAUUUCUUAACGUAA